AUGUCUAAAGCUAUGCAACAAGCACCAUAUAAUAUAAGAUUAAAGACAUGUCUGAAGAUGUGUAUUCAAAGGCUCCGGUAUGCCCAGGAUAAGCAGCAGGCACUUGCGAAGCAAGGGAGAAGAGAAGUUGCUCAAUUGUUGGGAAACUCAAAAGAGCAGAAAGCUAGAUAUAGAGCUGAGAGUUUGAUUCACGACGACUUACAUAUUGAAUUACUGGAGCUGCUGGAGUUGUACUGUGAAUUACUACAUGCUCGAGUAAACAUUUUGAGUAAUAUUGAAAAUGAGGUCAGUUUAAUCGAAAGUCACACAGAUGAUGGGAUAAAUGAGGCCGUAAGGGCUUUAGUGUAUUGUACUUUAGCGGCUCCAGAAGUUAGGGAGUUGACUCAAUUAAGAGACUUGCUUAUUUUAAAGUUCGGACAUGAAUUUGCUAAAGUUAUUAUUGAUGAGAAAGUUGGAGUACCUCCAAAAGUAUUGAAAAAAUGUGAUAUUAAUCUACCAAAUCAAGACCUAGUGGAUCUUUAUUUAAAGGAAAUUGCUAGGACAUAUGAUGUACCAUUUUCUUUGCUAACAGACUCAGAAGAUAGUAGCUCUGGUAGUGACUCAGAAAAUGAAUCGGACGGAGGAAAUUUUAAGGUAGAAGAAGAAAACAAGAAAGGGGAGACGGAUAAAGAUGGAAAACCUAUUCUAGCUGUUAAUAAUGGCGAAGAGUUCACUGGAGAUUCAGAACAUCCGAUUAAGAUAAGAAAACCUAGAAAAAAUAGUGACACCUUAAAAUCAGAACUCAAGAUUCCCAAGGAUGUUAAGAAGAGUGUUGAAGUUAAACAUAGCAAGCCUAAAUCCAUUGCUAAGAAGAAGGAUGAUGAAUUAGAGGCUUUGAAAAAGAGAUUUGAUGCCUUAAGAAGAUGA